CGCAAUGGAAUGCACCAGGGGUGGAGCGCGAACUGGAAUUCUACUUUGGUGCAGUGCAACCGUGACUUCUCAAGGUUCCUCUUUCCACCUUACAACCAUACAACCACACAAGUCCAUCACCACCAUCAACAUCCGCGCAUCGUUCUUUCCUCGCGAUUGCUGCUUGUAUCUGCGAUUUUGCAUUGCGACUGGUGUUUUUGACUUUCUAAGAAACCAUGGCCUCGCCUACCGCGACCACGACUCUGGGGAAGAGGAGAAGGAGCACUAGACUCACAGGCCCCCUUGCCGUAAAGCGAACAAGACGCUCUCUCCGAAUCCAUCCAGAGAUCCAUCAUGAGCCCGACCACAUCCAGGCAGAGAAGGAGAAGGCCGCCUCACCACCCAAGCCUAUUGCCGACGACGUCGAGAACCACAAGGAGAACUGCAAGCCCACAGAAGACGACAGCGAAGAGGUCAUCGAGGCGGAAACACCAUCCAAGUCACUCCUAAGAAGGCGCAAAUCAGUCAUCGCCAGCCCACCAAAGACAGCUCCAGUCACACCUUCCACACCACGACACUACGAUGUCUUUGCAAAGGCAGCAGUCACCACUCCGCGCCAUCGCGUCAUGUCCGUCGGCAAGCUAUCCAGGCGCAUGACACCAAGCACGCCCAUGACACCCGCGGCUUCUCAAACAGUCUACCACCAGGCUCGUCAACUCUUUUCCCGAAGCGCCGAUCCCGGAGAACUCAUUGGGCGCGACGAGGAGCGCGAGAAGCUCAACACUUUUUUGGAUCGCUGCACAACCGCCCAUCCCAGCGGCUGCCUCUACGUCAGCGGACCUCCUGGAACCGGAAAGAGCGCCAUCGUCAACAAGGUCACCGACAAGUUCGCAUCCGAGACAUCAACAGUGCGCAAGGCAUACAUCAACUGCAUGAGCAUCAAGUCAUCCAAGGAUCUCUACGUCACCCUUCUCGACCAGCUAGUCAGCAAAGAUGAGGACAAGGAGGAACUCUCAACAGAAAGCGACGUGGUGGCGCCACUCCAAAAGCUCAUCCUGCCCAAGAAAAAGAUCCAGGACGUCUACCUCGUGGUGUUGGACGAAAUCGAUCACAUCCUCACCCUCGACCCCGAAAGUCUCUACAGCCUCUUCGAAUGGUCGCUCGAAAAGAAGAACUCGCGCCUCGCCCUGAUCGGCAUCGCCAACGCGCUCGACCUCACCGACCGCUUUCUGCCGCGCCUCAAGUCGCGCAACCUCAAGCCUGAGCUUUUGCCCAUCCUUCCAUACACGGCACCCCAGGUCAAGAACAUCAUCAUCACGCGUCUCAAAAGUCUGCUUCCCGGCGGCACGCCCAAGGACCCCAACUACGUCCCCUUCUUCCACCCAGCCGCCAUCGAGCUCUGCUCGCGCAAAGUCUCCAGCCAAACCGGCGACCUGCGCCGCGCAUUUGAGAUCUGCCGCCGCGCCAUCGACCUCGUCGAGUCCGAGACCCGCCUCAAGCACGAGAACGAAGUCAAGGAGCAGAUGCUACAGAUGUCUCCAUCCAAGAAGCGCGUCCUCGGCGAAAACACCAAUCUUUCCUCGGGUCCCGCUCCUUCAUCUCUCUUCCGGAGCAUCUCCACACCCAGCGCCAGCGUCUCGGCCUCGCUUCUGAGGUCCCUGCAGGCUUUGACACCAGCCACCGCUCCGCGCGUCAGCAUUGCCCACCUCAGCAAAGUCACAGCAGCAGCAUUCAGCAACGGCACCACUCAACGCCUCAAGACGCUCAACCUCCAGCAAAAAGCCGCUUUGUGCGCUCUGGUCGCCAUCGAGAAACGUAAUCGCGCCGCGCAGUCGGAAGCGAUCGCCUCUGCUUCGGCCUCGUUCACAUCUACCACCGGCACUCCGUCGAGGAAACAAGAGGCGCCGAUUGCACCAACGGUCAAGACUCUCUACGAGGCUUACACCAAGCUCUGCAAGCAGGAUUCGCUGCUACAUCCGCUUUCGUCAUCUGAGUUCCGCGAGGUUGUCUCUUCCCUGGAAACACUCAGCUUGAUCACGCCCGUGGACGGCAAGACUGGGUCGUUCACGGCUUUGGGGUAUAGCUCGCCUGGAGUGGGGACGCCGAAGAGGGGAGGCAAGAAAAAGAAGGAUGUGUUUGGGAUGGGAGGGGCGUUGGUCGCGGGAGAUGAGAAGAGGGUGGCUAGUUGUGUGGGGGAGAGGGAGGUUGAGCAGACUUUGUUGAAGGAUGAUGGUGCGGGGGUGGGGAUUUUGAGGGGGAUUUUGAGUGGGGAGGCGUUGGAUGAUUGAGUUGUUUGAUGUGUUUGGGGUAUUAUGGGAAGAGUGUGUGUGAACGAUUUGAACGAGUUGGACUUUGAUGAUUGGGUUGUCUUGCGUUGUUGGAGAAGGAAGCACUGGAAAAGCAUUUGUAUAAAGGGGCAUGGCAUGGCAUGGCGUGUUUGAAAGCAUUCAAAAUAUAUCAUAGGGAGGGUGGUGUUUGGAUUCAUUGUAACCCAGGAUAAAGGGUCGGUUGGUGUUUUGGCGUUUGGGCUUUUGUUUACCUGUUUAGUUGUUUACUUGAAAGACAAAAAGGGGGAAAGAGAGAGAGUAAUGAUCAGGCUGGCAUCAGUAUACACUACAUAGAACUGCCGUCGUAAAUAGACACGCAAAACAGAAGAUGAUUCACAAACAC